AGAGAUUAUAAUUUUAUUCAAUCUUAAGAAAUGGAGGAGAACAAAGCAUCAAUAAAGAUAGAUGAAACAGAUAUGGAUUCUAGUCCAGAAUUUAUGAACAGUUCAAGAGACAACAUGAAGAUACCGCUGAUCCCUGACCAGGAGAAAAAUGACAGCGGGAAGGAUAACAAGACCAAGGUGAACGAAAGCGACACUGAGCUCGCUCCCAAACCUGAGGUAAAGCCUUUCAUCGGUACUUAUGAAGAGGCUGAUGAGUAUCUCAGGGAUAACCCUGAAAUCCGGACUGGCUACAGGAUCAAAUACAAUAAGUUCUGUAUUGUACUCAAGUCAUUAUUCAUGUGGCAUAAUGAGACGGUUAACAUCUGGUCUCAUCUCCUCGGCCUGAUGGUUUUUUUCUGCAUAAUAUUUUAUGUGGCCAUUGAGCUUGAGAACAAGGACCUCUCCCCUAGUUUCCUCAAUUUCAUAAAAGACUACAUUACUCUUAAAGGACAUAGUCCAGAAGGAGUAGGUGACUAUAUCAGUAAGAUACCGCUUGGAGUCCACAUUUCAUGUGCGAUGAUAUGUUUAUUUUUAAGCUCAACAUUCCACCUGUUCUGAUGUCAUUCCAAAGACGCUCUAAAUAUCCUCUCCAGGUUCGAUUAUGGAGGAAUUGCGAUCCUGAUCGCAGGCUCUUGAACUCCGAUCUAUAUUUACUCAUUCUGGUGCCCUCAAGUAUCCACAUACGGCUACGUUUACACCUCAGUGAUGGCAGCUGGCUGAGGAAUAGCCUUUGCAGUCAGCCUCAUUCCCAAAUUCGAUGCCCCAAAGUAUAGAAUGUGACGAGCAAUUCUUUUCGUAGUAGUUGGACUGUCAAGUGCCAUACCAGGGAUUCACAUUAUCGGGUUUAGACAUCCUGAAUAUAUGCCAAAGCCACCAAUUUUCUUACUUGGCCUUGGAGGAGCUAUUUACAUCCUAGGUGCAGUAAUCUACAGCACGAGGUUUCCUGAAAGAUUCACAAAGGGGAAGAAAAGAAAGUGAAAUUUUGACUGUAUCGGAAACUCUCACAAUAUCUGGCACUGUUUCGUCCUCACUGCAGCUGGAGUUCACUAUGCUGCAUCAGUAAUUAUGUUCAAAACACGAGUUGUACAUCAAUGUCCAGCCUAA